ACCGUCCCAUGCCAGUCGCACGCAAAACGCCGAUCCCGCAGGCCGAAAAUAACCGCUGCUCGACGCCGAUGUGCUCCACGCUUGUCCCAGUUCCCUCGUGACUGAACGGAAUUUCGCGGUUUUUUUUAACUGAUUUUAAUCAACUCGGAUAAUUUUAAUAUAGCCCAAAGUGUGAUUUCAUCGAAAUCACCAAAUUACUUUAACGUGGUGGGUUUUAAAGUUGUGAGCAAGUAUACGUAUAAUAAAUCGCUGGUUUUUUUUGCAGAGUUUAAAGUGUUACUUAUCUUUUUUUGCCCCAGAUAAACUUUUGACGGAUCCUCGUCCAUACGGUGCCUGCACGAUAAAAUGCCGACCCUCCCGAUGGUCCUCGAAGUUCGAAAAUCAGCGAUGACGAAAGUGUACCGCGGCGGUGGUUUGACGUGAAGAUGCUCUCGGCGCGGAAAAAAAGGCGGAGGAGAAGACUGUGGUCGAAGGUGCGGUGUUACAUGUUCAUCCUCCACAUACUGCUCAAGUGAGCCCGCUUCAUCUCUCGCGAGUCAAUUUCACGAUCUGAAUCCGAUUCCGACGCGCAAUCGAGGAUUCAACGCAUAAUGAAGUCGCUGAGGGAUAUGUUCGAGCGGAUCGAGGUGAAGAACCAGCUGUGCACCGGCGAGGUGCGAGAGGCCAACUGCGACGUCUCCAUCUGGAUGCGCUCCUGCGAGAAGGAGGUCCUCCAGCCCAUCGAAGGCACCGUCACAGGUACGGUACCGGAAUGGUUGCGAGGUUCGCUGCUGCGGAACGGCCCGGGAAAUAUGAAGUUUGGAAAUAUGAAAUUCAAGCACCUGUUUGAUUGCUCCGCACUUAUUCACAGAUUUUCAAUUGCUGAUGGUAAAAUUACCUACCAAAACAGGUUCCUGCAAACCAAAGCAUUCAAGAAAAACAGUUCUGCAAACAGAAUCAUUGUGACUGAAUUUGGCACCAAAGCUGUCCCUGAUCCGUGCCAUUCAAUUUUUAAAAGGGUAUCAUCCGUGUUCAAUCCCUCGGAAUGCUGGUCGGACAACGCGCUUGUUUCCAUCUACCCAAUCGCUGAUCAAUAUUACGCCUUCACCGAGGUCCCCGUCAUCCACCGCAUCCAGCCGGACACCCUGAAAACGCUCCAGAGGAUCAAUGUCAGUAAUUACAUCAACAUCGUGAAUCAUACAUCGCACCCUCACAUAGAUAAAGAUGGCACCGUCUACAAUCUUGGAAUGACUUUACAACCUGCAGGACCUCGAUAUAUCAUCAUACAAUUUCCAAGAACGAGCUCAAAAUAUGAUGAUAACAACAACAACAUCACUCAAGAGGACGACUCGAACAACCUGUGGAAGGACAAACGGCGGAAGGAUGCGUCAGGGACGGGCGAGGACCGGAGCGCCUUCGAGGAAGCUCGGAUCGUGGGGUCGGUCCCUGUCCGCUGGACGCUCUACCCCUCGUACAUGCACAGCUUCGGCAUGACCCAAAACUACUUCAUCAUCGUCGAGCAGCCCAUCUGCGUCUCCGCCGUCAAAGCCGCUGCCUGCAUCAUCGCUAAUGACCCGGUCGUCAAAACCUUCAAGUGGUUCGAGAAAGAAAAGACAAUGUUUUACGUUAUUUCGCGAGCGACAGGAAAGUUGGUGAGGAGUUUUUCAGCAGAGGCCUUCUUCUAUUUGCACAUUAUCAAUCAGUAUGAAGAACAAGGCCACAUUGUCAUUGAUAUUUGUUGCUACAAAAAUCCCUCCAUGCUUGACUGCAUGUAUUUCGAUGCCUUGAAGAAUGCAUCCUCCAAUCCAAACUACGCCAAAAUGUUUCGAGGAAGACCGCUGCGGUACAUAUUACCUAUGGGGAAGAUUCCUAAUAACAAGAACACCAACCUAGUAAAACUGCCAACCGCCAGAGCCACGGCCUUCCAACAAUCGAAAAGCACGGUAUCGUUGUUCCCAGAGCUCCUCAGUAACAUAGGCUGUGAAACCCCACGUAUCAACUACGAUCGCUGCGGUGGAAAAAAAUACCGGUAUUUUUACGCCAUUUCCUCAGACGUUGACUUGGAAAACCCCGGAACGUUGAUCAAAGUAGACACAGUAAAUCGAACGAGAAAGCUGUGGUGCGAGCCUAAUGUAUAUCCAAGUGAACCUGUAUUUGUGGCAGCCCCAAAUGCCAGGAGAGAAGAUGAUGGAGUAGUUCUUUCAGCGCUGGUUUGGGGAGGCCAAUACGUGAAUAAAGUUGCCCUCCUUAUCCUAGAUGCUACAACUUGGACAGAAAUAGCCAGAUCAGAGUUUAUAACUCACGGGCCUGUACCAAAGUGUUUACAUGGCUGGUUCAUUCCGAGUCAAUGACUUACCUUCUACAUUUAAGUGACUGAUGAUUGUACAAAAUUGAAAUGUAGAGACAGAAUAUAAUUAUAAGGACUUUUUUGAAUACUGAAAA